GCUCGACUCGAGCUCGACUGCCUGAAAUACUCGAUCUUUAAUAUCCUGUUGUUCGCCGAGGUCAUAUUUUCUCUUCUAUUGGAACGAGACGGCAUGGCGACCAGACAGGAUAAUUCUUGGGCGCCCGUUGAUGGCGCAAAAAAAAGGGUACGCGAGAAGUGGAUCAGGAUCACCGGGAUGGGAUGGGCCUUUUUCUUUUUUGAAGCCCAUCAGCAGCUGGGGAACCGGGACUGUGGUUUCUCGUUCUGGUUUUUUCCUUAUUUUCUCAUUUUUUACUGUACAUGUACUCAGUCCUCCUCGGCGUUUCUGGGAUCGGGACAAAGUGUGCAAAGUGUGUAGAUAUUUCCCUGCCGGCGUUUUAGCCCGGCUUCUGACUCAGGUCUUGCAAGUUUUCGGCCUUUUCACUUUCUUUUCUAUGUUUCCCCUCCACUUUCAUACGGGGUAGCGGCGGAUGGGCAUUCCAUGGUUGCCCACAGAGUGG